AAUGCACCAGCCGCCUCCAGCCUCCUGCAGCAGCAGCAGCAGCAGCAGCAGCAGCAGCAGCUGCGAGUGCGCGCGUGUGGGUGUGAGGGUGAGUGCGCUGGCGCCGGCCGCAGCGCCCUGCCCAGCUCCCCGCCAGCUUCCCUACCCCCGCCUGCCGGAGCCGCCCUCCCGUGGGACCAGCACCCUCAUUCCGGCCAGGCAAGCCUGAAUCCUGUCCCUGCCAUCUCGCCACUGCAGCUCGGGUCCAGAAAGGCACCAUUUUGUCGCGGCUGCCCGCUCUCCCAGGGGGAGGAGGGAUCUUUUUUUGCAUUUUGGAGCGGCUGCCAACGAGGGGAACCUGUUGGGCAUCUCCCCAGACCCGCUUGUGAGCGCCUCCGGGGCGGGCGGGCGGGACCAGACCCCUCGGGGCACGGCGCAUCUUGGCACCCGGAGGCAGCGGAGGCAGGCGCAGCAUCCUCGCUGGGAAUUGGAGCUGGAGUGAGCGCACCGCGCGGGAGGAGCCGCCGCAGCCUCGCAGAACCCGAGUGGAGGAGGUGACAGCUCCAUUGCCGGGUUUUUAUUUUUUUUCUCUCCGCCUCCCCGUCUCCUCCUCAGGCUCGGACCAUGGUGCAAUCCCACUGGCUCCCCUGCCCCCCUCUCCUGUGAGACUGGCUGCGGGGAGGGAUCAUGGAUACUUGUCUGCCGGCUUCUGGUUCCCACGCAAGUAAGCCUGCUGUCAAUGGAGGAGGACAUUGAUACCCGCAAAAUCAACAACAGUUUCCUGCGCGACCACAGCUAUGCGACCGAAGGAGCCAAGGGAGAACCCAAGACAGAGAAUAGUGGCACAAUAAUGAAGCAUGAAUUAUCCAGAUGAAAACACCUAUGGAAAUAAAGCUGACAUUAUCUCUACGGUAGAAUUCAACCACACGGGAGAAUUACUAGCGACAGGGGACAAGGGGGGUCGGGUUGUAAUAUUUCAACGAGAGCAGGAGAGUAAAAAUCAGGUUCAUCGUAGGGGUGAAUACAAUGUUUACAGCACAUUCCAGAGCCAUGAACCCGAGUUCGAUUACCUGAAGAGUUUAGAAAUAGAAGAAAAAAUCAAUAAAAUAAGAUGGCUCCCCCAGCAGAAUGCAGCUUACUUUCUUCUGUCUACUAAUGAUAAAACUGUGAAGCUGUGGAAAGUCAGCGAGCGUGAUAAGAGGCCAGAAGGCUACAAUCUGAAAGAUGAGGAGGGUCGGCUCCGAGAUCCUGCCACCAUCACAACCCUGAGGGUGCCUGUCCUGAGACCCAUGGACCUGAUGGUGGAAGCCACCCCGCGAAGAGUAUUUGCCAACGCACACACAUAUCACAUCAACUCCAUAUCCGUCAACAGCGACUAUGAAACCUACAUGUCCGCUGAUGACCUGAGGAUUAACCUAUGGAACUUUGAAAUAACCAAUCAAAGUUUUAAUAUCGUGGACAUUAAGCCAGCCAACAUGGAGGAGCUCACGGAGGUGAUCACAGCAGCCGAGUUCCACCCCCAUCAUUGCAACACCUUCGUGUACAGCAGCAGCAAAGGGACAAUCCGGCUGUGUGACAUGCGGGCAUCUGCCCUGUGUGACAGGCACACCAAGUUUUUUGAAGAGCCGGAAGAUCCAAGCAACAGAUCAUUUUUCUCUGAAAUUAUCUCUUCAAUUUCGGAUGUGAAGUUCAGCCACAGUGGGAGGUAUAUCAUGACCAGGGACUAUUUGACCGUUAAAGUCUGGGAUCUCAACAUGGAAAACCGCCCCAUCGAGACUUACCAGGUUCAUGACUACCUCCGCAGCAAGCUGUGUUCCCUCUAUGAAAAUGACUGCAUUUUUGAUAAAUUUGAGUGUGUGUGGAAUGGGUCAGACAGUGUCAUCAUGACGGGCUCCUACAACAACUUCUUUAGGAUGUUCGACAGAAACACCAAGCGUGAUGUGACCCUUGAGGCUUCGAGGGAAAACAGCAAGCCCCGGGCUAUCCUCAAACCCAGAAAAGUGUGUGUGGGGGGCAAGCGGAGAAAAGACGAGAUCAGUGUCGACAGUCUGGACUUUAGCAAAAAGAUCUUGCAUACAGCUUGGCAUCCUUCAGAAAAUAUUAUAGCAGUGGCGGCUACAAAUAACCUAUAUAUAUUCCAGGACAAGGUUAACUAGGUGGACAAGUUAUUACUUAAUAAUCUCACAUACUGAAUACUAGUCAAACAAGUUUUUAAAUGUUUCUUUGGGUCUUCAUUUGAUGCAUUGACUUUAAUUUCCCUAUGCAGGAAAUGAUUGGAAUAGAAUUAAAAGGAGUCCAACAUUCCCAGCUCCCCAGUUCUAAGAAACUUUUGUCAAACCCAAUAGGUUUGGGACACUUCUGUUUAGAAUUGAAAGCUGCCAGCUAACAGUAAUUCUUCCAUAGUUGACUUGAACUUCUGAUGCUUUUAUUGCCCAGUUUUCUCUGGUGGGUCCAGUGUUUUGUUCCUAGGUGUCUGCUGCGAUAAAAUGAGGUUGUCUGUAGUAUUUAAGGAGAAAAGAAAUAAGUUUUUUUUAAUUAAGCAAUUCCAUUUGAUUGAAAAAAAAACAACAAAAAAUAAACACCGUUUACUCUUAGACAAAUUCUUCUUGUUUUGUGAAAAACCAGAACUAGUCAGUAUCUCCUGCUCCUCCACCAUUUUUUUUCUAUUUUCCAUUUUCCUUUGAACAAUUUCAUUUAAGCCAGAGAUUUAUUGCAUGAAGCUGAGAAGAGGAUGCAGAAUGACGAGGAAAGGGCACAUCAACCCUGCUAUGCUCUUUUUUUGUAAACUCCAUAGAAACAGCCUGAGAAUUUGGCUAGGAAACUUGAAUGCUUCAGGGGACAGAAAGAGAGCACUUUCGACACAGUUCUUCCCAGAGUGAGCUUGGCAGGGCCAGGCGAGGCCAAAUUCCAUCUGCUGCCUUGUUACCCUUGCUUUUUGUGCUCUUAAAUGGCUCCAUAUAAUCCUCUACUUACAUGUUCCUUGGCUUUUUUCUCUUCAACCUUUUCCAGCUUAUUUAUUCCAUUGACUUCUAAAGGCCGAGUCCUGGUUGCUUAUUAUCUGGUAUUCUAAAUGAAGCAGUUGGAAGCAGUGCCACCACCCCUGAGUCCCUGAGAAAGGCUGGUCUGUUCUUUUUGGGUGUUUCUCCUAAGCAGCUCCCUCCCCUCCUCCUGGUUUUGGUAACCAAAAGUAACAAUCCAUCAACCUCCAUUGUACCUAGAACAAAAAUAGCCAAUAAAAAUGCUGAUUUGUAAAGUCCAGUCAGGCACUUCUAACUCACCCCAAGCUCGCCAUCUGGAAAAACAGACCAGAAGGCUGUCUUCUACAGAAAUGAACUGUGGAGAAAUCAAGCAGCUGUGACAUGAAGUGAAUGAAGUCCACUUGAAGCUGUGGAAGAUGGUUCAUCUUUUACCCCUGUUGAGGAUCCAGAUUUAUAACUUCUAGAAAGCCAUUUCCAGAAGGUUCUAUGUGGCAUACCCCUGGGAAAGGCACUAAAUAUAUGCAAAGGAUUUAUAAACUUAGAGAGGAGAGUAGAUGGGUGGAGUCCAGAAAGCUGGGUCUGGGUUAAUAUCGCUACAUCUGCAUUGAUGACUCAUUUCUCCUCACUUCCAUUCAGUGCAGGGUAAAUGGUUUGAGAUGAGAGUUUUUCAUUGAAAGGGAAAUUUUCUUUCAGUUUACAGAUGUAUUAGAAGUCCUGACUUUCAAGUGUAAUUUGCUUUGGAGGAGAAAAAAAAAGUGAAAGAAUCAUAUUGUCUCAAUUCUAAGCUACUAUCCAUUUACUAAUAGCUUUUUGGCAAGGAAAUAACUGUCACCUUAGGUAAAAACAGUUUUGUAAGAUGCAGCCCAAUUUCAGGAACAUUAAAAUGUGAAAAAGUACAUCUCAGAAUUGAGGGAGCAUGGGAAAAAAGACGAGACUUUCUCAGUAUUACUCGUUUUUCCUGCAAGGAAAGCCUCUCCUUAGGCAUCUCAAGUAAAGUGCCUAAGGUUUCUGGCCUGACUGGGACAUUGUUCUUGGAAGAGACAUGAGAGAGUCAGAAACUUCUGCCAGUCAUAGAGAAUGAUGAUACUGCAGAAGGCCACUGGGUUAUUGGCCUUUUACCACCAACUUUCUUUAUGGCCUUUUCUCCACUUCUCCAGACUCAGCUCCUCUGUCUGUACCGGGUCAGGAGUGGGGACCAAUCAUUGUAUCUCAAACUUAAGAAUCAACCCACAUUUGUACUAUUAUUCAUGUAACUUUUUUUAAGUCACAUUUUCUUAAAAGCAAGACUUAGCCUCUUCCAAAGAAAUAAUAUGCAUGAAAUUU